UUCACAUGCAGUUGUACCAUGGCAUAUACCCUUUACCCAGUUUCUCCCCAAUGGUAACAGUAACAUCUUAUAAAACUCAUUGUUUUAGUGACCUUAAAAUUUAAGUUUGUUCAUGAAGCUGGUCUACUUAAAGGCCAUUGCUUUUAGGGUAAAAUCUCAACACUCUCAUAUUCUGCAUACAAAGCCUCUCUGCUCCUCACCAAAUCAACAUGACUACACUUUUACUCCAUCUGUUUUUUAAAUUUCCAGCAAGAUGCCAUGUUUAAUUCUUCAACGCCUUUGCACGUGAGAUACCCUCUGCCUGGAUGUCCUUCCCUACCUGAUUUGGCUACUUGGCUAAUUGCCUUUCAUGACAACUUGGGUAUCCCCUGUUUGUGUCCCAUAGUAUAUGAUGCUAGGAUGUGAUCACCACUUAUUCUGCUCCCUCAUUGUUAUCUAGUUCUGCCAAGGCAGGGACUAAAUUCUUCAGUCUCUUCACUCCACUGCCUAGCAGCACGCCUGUUGGUGAUUUACAGCCUAAUUUGGGGUAUUGGGAAGUGUUGGUGUGUAUAUGUGUCCGUAUGCGCGUGCAGGCAAAAAUGGAGAGUGUGAAUCCGAAUCUCUGCAGGGCACUCAGCGCAGCGGGGAUGUGACAGUUGCAUUAUUUUAACUCGGUCUUUUCCAUGUUCACGACCGAUAUUACUGAUUAUUCAAUCACCUCAGAUCCCUUAAGUAUCCCAAACUAAGCAACAAAGCCACGCCUUUGAGUCUGAGAUGGGCGGGUGAGGAGAGGCCAGGGAGUACUGACUCCAGGCGAGGGAGGGUGCACGCAGGCGCAGCGGCAGCCGGAUGAAAGCCACUCUUGCUCCGCCCUCCCUUUUCAACUAACCGCGGAAGAAACAGGAAAAAAAAAAAAAAGUCAUUUCCGGGAAACUGGGGCCACGCUUUGUAAGCUGCAACAUGGAGGCGACUAGUGGAACUGAUGAGCCGGUUUCCGGGGAACUAGUGUCAGUGGCACACGCUCUUUCUCUUCCAGCCGAAUCUUAUGGCAACGAUCCUGAUAUUGAGAUGGCUUGGGCCAUGAGAGCAAUGCAGCAUGCCGAAGUCUACUACAGACUGAUUUCAUCAGUUGAUCCACAGCUCCUGAAACUCACCAAAGUGGAUGACCAAAUCUAUUCUGAGUUUCGGGAAAAUUUUGAGAAACUCAGAAUAGAUGUAUUGGACCCAGAAGAGCUCAAAUCAGAAUCAGCUAAAGAGAAGUGGAGGCCAUUCUGCUUGAAGUUUGAUGGGAUUGUAGAAGACUUCAACUACGGUACUUUGCUGCGACUGAAUUGUUCUCAGGGAUACACUGAGGAAAACACCAUCUUUGCCCCUAGGAUACAAUUUUUUGCCAUUGAAAUUGCUCGCAACCGGGAAGGUUAUAACAAAGCAGUUUAUACUAGUGUUCAGGACAAAGAAGAAGAGAAAGGAGCCAAUAAUGGAGAGACAGGAGCUGACAGUGGAGGAGAAGAAGAGAAAGGAGCCAACAAAGAAGGAGAAAAAGAGAAAACUGACAAAGGAGGAGAAAAAGAGAAAGCCUAAAAGAAAUCAACAAAAGUGGUGAAGCAGCUAUGUAAGGUAGACAGGAACAGCACUCUAGAAGAUGUGACUCAGCUGAGCCUAUAAGUACCAUGAUGCUACUUCCACAGGCCCCUGUGGUUAAAUGUAUCUCCUUGUUCAGUGGAAGGACAUGCAGAAGGACAUCUUUCUAGCCUAAUCAUCAGGAGUUGCAAUGGUUGUUCUCUUGUAUGAGCUGGCUUGAAGACUAUUAGUGGGGUCUUAGGUGAUUAUUUUUUGGUUCAGUCAAAUAAGAAAUUUUGUAAAUAAAUUUGUUUUGGUUCUUAUGA